AUGGUGCUGUCGGUUGGAUCAGGCAAACCCGCGUCUACCCACGAACUGCCAAAAGCAACCCCGCCGGUAUCCGUACCAACGGCAGAAUACCAAAACAGGUCAGACCUGGUAGGCAACCUGGUGAAUACCGUAAAAGGAGCCGCUAAUUUUGAGCAGGAAACCCUCACUAAACUGGUAGAAGCAAGGGCCAAAGCAACUUCGGUAAACGUAAACGCGGAUAACCUUACCCCGGAGAACAUGGCUAAAUUUCAACAGGCACAGGGCGAAUUAACGGGUUCUUUAAGUCGCCUGCUGGCAGUAGUGGAAAACUACCCCGACCUGAAAGCCACCCAGAAUUUUACCCAGUUGCAAAACCAGCUGGAAGGUAUAGAAGGUAAUAUAAAGAAUGCCCGUAUGCAGUUUAACAAUGAAAUCAACACCUAUAAUACCAAGGUACGCUCCUUCCCCAUGAACCUGCUGGCAGGCAUGUUUGGCUUCUCGCAGAAAGAAGGAUUCAAAGCUGACCCGGGUAGCGAAAACGCACCAAAAGUGGAUUUCUCUAAAUAG